ACGCCGCCGAGAUGGCAGGAGGUGUGCGAAGAAAGUCUCCCGGUUCCCCUUCCCCCCUGUGGGGGAAACUCCACACACUGUGGCAGGACAAACAUUUGGUCCUGUUCAAGACGCAAUACACUCUACUGGUCGUUUCAGUUUUGUGGUUUCUAGAGAUCGGUUUCAAUGCGUGGGUCAUACAGAAAGUAGCAUACACUGAGAUAGACUGGAAAGCCUACAUGGAUGAGGUGGAGGGAGUCAUCAAUGGUACCUACGACUACACCAAGCUUAAAGGAGACACCGGCCCCUUGGUGUACCCGGCUGGCUUUGUCUACAUCUUUACAGUUCUCUACUACAUCACAAGCCAUGGGGUGAACAUCCGCCUUGCGCAGUACCUUUUUGCUGCUUUCUACCUCAUCACACUGCUGCUGGUCUUCAGGAUCUACCACCGCACUAAGAAGGUUCCUCCCUACGUGUUCUUCUUUGUGUGCUGUGCUUCUUAUCGGAUCCACUCCAUCUUUGUGCUGCGUCUCUUUAAUGAUCCUGUGGCCAUGAUGCUGCUGUUUGGAGCCAUCAACCUCUUCAUGGAUGGAAACUGGACUCUGGGUUGCGCCCUUUACAGUUUAGCAGUGUCUGUGAAAAUGAAUGUGCUCCUUUUUGCUCCGGGACUACUUUUCCUCCUCAUAUCUGAGUUUGGCCUAAUCAGGACAAUUCCCAAGCUUUCUCUCUGUGCGGGCAUCCAGCUUUUGCUGGGACUGCCUUUCCUCCUGGAGAAUCCUGUGGGUUAUAUGAGCCAGGCGUUUGAUCUUGGCCGUCAGUUUAUGUUCAAAUGGACGGUCAACUGGCGCUUCCUGCCAGAAUGGCUCUUCUUGGAUCGGUACUUCCACCUAAUCCUGCUGGCUUCCCACCUGCUCGCCCUGCUGCUCUUCGCUCUCCGUCGUUGGAAGAGGCCAGGAGAAAGCAUCUUUGAUCUCCUCAAGGAUCCCAGCAAGCGGAAAGCCCCCGCUCAGAAAACCACUGUUGAUCAGAUGGUUCUGAUUCUGUUCACAUCUAACUUCAUUGGCAUGUGCUUCAGCCGUUCGUUGCACUACCAGUUUUACGUCUGGUACUUCCACACGCUGCCCUUCCUGCUCUGGAGCGGAGGAGUCAAGAAGCUGGCCCACCUGCUCAGGGUACUGAUCCUGGGUCUGAUUGAGCUUUCCUGGAACACCUACCCCUCUACUAUCGGCAGCUCCGCCGCCCUCCACGUCUGUCACCUCAUCAUCCUCCUGUGUCUGUGGCUGGCCCCUCCGCUGCCCUCAGCCCCACCGGCAGAAACAGAAGAACCAACACCCGAGAAGGACAAAGGCCAGUGAGCUGCGGGCUGAUCGGACCGGAUGUCGUACAUGGUCCAAUCAGCUCCUCUCCUCUCUUUGGUCCUCACAACACCGGUGCAGAGGGAGGUCACUGUGACAGACUGUGUUUUUAAGUGAAUACAAGGAGCCAUUCAAAGCUUCUCGUCUCAGUUCACUGCUAAAGGUGAACGAAGCUAAAGUGUGGGUGCUGCACACAGACACCUACAUGAUGAAGUAGUUCCUUGCAGUUGAAGAGAUGAAAAGAAAAUAUGGAUCUCAGGUUUAAUUUUCAGACACAUUUUAGGAAUCGUGGAGUCGAAUUUGAGGAGGACAUUUUGAAUGUUUUGAGAGAAUUUGUUACAUACUAGGCUUUAUUUCUACAAAUUAUGUUAAAACUACACAUUGCCAAAUCUUUAAUCUGGUUUUCUAAUGCUCUUGUACGUGGUAUAAGAAUGCAGUAGAUUAAUAUUUGUGUAUCAUUUAUAUAAAAGUAAUAUGAUACAGAACUUGAAUAUCGCCACAAAAGCUUUAAUUUAAUUUAAUACAGGGCAAGAGUUUGUUUUCCCCACCACAAGGCCACAUUGUUUUUUCAUAGAUAUACAAGCUUUAAGACAAUCAUGGCACUUUGUCAGAUUGGUGAUGUAAUGGAUUCAUCUUCUGUUGUAAUGGUUCACUGCUGCACUCAAAAGCACAUAGGUUGUUUUAAUGUGAACAAAAUGGCAGACUGAGCAAGAGUGUGACAUUUUAUAUUAAACAGAGAUGCCACUUAA